UUCAAAAACAGCCGUGCCAAGGAUCACCAAACAAAACGUGGUGGAGCCCUGCUGUAAGUUUCUACUAUUUCCUGACAGAACGAUAUGACCCAUUCGAUCUCUGCACCUAGGGAUGCUCCUGUGGUGAUGGCACAGAGGGGAGGAAGACUGAGCUGCAGCUUACGCGGAGCUAUAUUGACAUUUGCGGGAAAAGACGAGAAAGGAAAAGUAUAAAAUUCACCCGCCGCAAACACUAUUGGAUCCGAAAUGAAAUACUCCCUUUAGAAAUACCUGUCUAUAGCUUGCGAGGGGAUAUAUCUCGCCUCAUGAAAGUAGCCCAGAAGACGACUCGCCAUUGAUCUCACAAAUAUUCUAACUGCAUCAUGAGUGAGCACUUAAAUAUUUGCGAAGGCGACAAGGUCAGCAAUCAUGCUCAAUUGAAUCGCUCUGCAAACGGCGGGGCAGAUGGGGUUUCUACUGAGCAUCCUCUCCUAUUUCUCAACGGUUUUGAGGAUCAGCUUGAUCUCUUAGUUUUGGCAUGGAUUUUGCUCUUGUACCGUGGGAGCGGCCUCAGUGAAGAUGGAGAAUUCUCAUGGAGUCUAAAGGCAACAUCGAUAGACAACCAUUCGAUUUUGGAAGCAGGGUUCUCAGGGAACGUCAAUGAAAUAGUAUCGGCAGAGAGCGAUCCCAUCACAAAAGCACUCAACUCCAUUCGCGCAAGACGGACCUCUACUUCUAGCAGUGCACAUACGCCACUAGCAGAUUACUCAAUAUCUUUCACGAACGCCGCUCGAACCUUGAGCGGUAGUACUGACGCGCCAUUUUGCAUAGAAAUAUUAGCAUUGAACCCUACUUUGUUGAUCAAACAACAUGGACAGCAUUCCACCCUAUCCUCGCAUGCUAUCCGCGUUCAAUGUUCUGGAUUCAUGGAUAUUCUCAACGCGAUCCUCAAAAACCCGGAUCAGGCAAUUUCGCAAGCGAUGCAGAUUGGGGAUCUUGAACUGCAACAACUAUGGAAAUGGAAUGCCUCAGUGCCCCAAACAAUUGAUGAUUGCAUCCAUGAUAUUUUUAUGAAAAAUGUGCGAAGGCAUCCUAAUCGUCAGGCGGUUGUCUCCUGGGAUGGCGAGUUGUCUUAUGGGGAGGUUGACCGGUUUUCGACGCUGCUAGCAAUUCAUCUCAUUGAGUUGGGUGUUAAAAUUGGGAAAGCUGUGCCACUUUGUUUCGAAAAGUCAAAGUGGACAGUAGUGGCAGUCCUCGCCAUUAUGAAGUCCGGGGGUACAUUAGUUCUCACAGACCCGAGCCAACCUGAGGCCCGAUUGCAGACCAUAGCUACGGAAGUGGGUGCAGAUCUGAUGUUGACUUCGAAACAGCAAGAGGAGUUGGGACAUAAGAUUCUACCUCAUGGAGUCGUGUUCGCUGUUAGCCACGAUUUUUUCUCACAGAGACAACCGAUCUCGUUGCCGUCUUCCGCCUUACCCUCCGUUCCCGGGUCAUCUCCACUGUAUAUCAUAUUCACGUCAGGAAGUACAGGCAAGCCAAAGGGGGUGGUAAUAUCACACACGAACUAUACCAGCGGUGCGUUGCCGAGAGCAAAAGCUGUAGGCUAUGGCCCACACUCACGGGUGCUCGACUUUCCUUCAUACGCGUUCGAUGUCAGUAUUGAUUGCAUGCUAUGUACUCUCGCCCAAGGAGGGUGUGUCUGCGUACCAUCCGAAGACGACCGGGUGAACAAUCUCAGUGGAGCAAUAAGAAAUAUGAAAGUCAACAUGGCUCAUAUGACGCCGUCAGUUGCAAGGGUUCUCGAAGAAGAUAUUUUACCGUCCCUUGAGGUUCUUGGUCUUGGGGGGGAAUCCGUUUCCAUUCAAGAUGCGGCAAAAUGGGGAAAGUUAACAAAAAUCAUCAUCGCUUAUGGGCCUUCAGAGUGCACGGUUGGUUGCACAAUUAACAAUAACAUUGCCCUCGAUCGAUCAUAUACUAGCAUCGGCAAGGGUGUGGGUGGUGUUACAUGGGUGGUCGAUCCCGCCGACCAUAAUCGCCUGAUGCCGAUCGGAAGUAUUGGUGAACUUAUUAUGGAGGGUCCGAUUGUUGGACAGGGUUAUCUUAACGACCCCGAAAGAACUGCGUCUGUUUUCAUUGAAGACCCUACGUGGCUGCUUUCCGGUUGUAAGGGUUUCCCUGGAAGACAUGGACGCUUCUAUAAAACGGGAGAUCUUGUCAAAUAUGACCCAGAUGGCUCUGGCUCAAUAAUUUUUGUGGGUCGAGGUGACCAGCAAGUGAAGCUCAGAGGGCAGCGAGUAGAGCUAGGAGAGGUCGAACAUCAUUUACGAACAAGGCUGCCCGCUGGGACUGUUGUUGCUGCGGAAGUCAUCACACCAGGAGGAAAAGGAGGUGAGCCAACCCUGGCUGCUUUUAUCGCAGAGGAAAACUCGUCGCCGAGAUCCCAGACCAAUGGAGAAAUAGCAACCUUCUCCGAAAAGCUCCGCCAGGUCCUAGAGGUGAUGGAUAAGGAACUUGGAGCUGCCCUUCCCCGGUAUAUGGUGCCAGCAGCAUAUAUCCCUCUAUUUGAGAUGCCGUUGUUAGUGUCGUGUAAAACAGAUCGAAAGAAGCUGCGCAGCAUUGGGUCCACCAUGUCAAGAAAGGAGCUCAUUAGGCUUAAAGCAUCUUCAUCACAAAAGAAAAAGCCGCAGUCAGAGAUGGAACGAAAGUUAGAAUAUCUUUGGAAAGGUUUAUUCGGUGCUGAAGCGGAGAUCGACGUGCAGAGCAAUUUUUUCGACUUAGGGGGCGAUUCACUCAUGGCCAUGAAGCUGGUGGCCAGUGCACGUGCAGUCAACCUUCUCACCAGUGUAGCUGAUAUAUUUCGGUACCCAACCCUAUCAGACAUGGCUCUGACCCUGACGCAUGUUGAUGCCGAAGCAGAAAGCGAAGUACCGCCAUUUUCACUCAUCAACGCAGACUGGAAAGAGGAGGAUGCGCGUAUCCAAACGGCCGCACUCUGCGGAGUCGACGCCACAUCAGUCAUCGAUGUCUACCCCUGUACACCACUGCAGGAAGGGUUGAUGGCCCUUUCUGCCAAAAUCAGCGAGGCAUAUGUUGCGCAGAGAGUUGUCGAGCUAGCAGAUCUCCAAACCGCACAACGGCUCCAAAACGCAUUUGAAACUGCGGUUGUUGACUCCCCUAUAUUACGCACACGAAUAGUUCAAGUUCCCCGCCAUGGUCUCAUGCAGGUUGUUUUGAGAGAUGGGAUCUCAUGGCGCUCAGGUGCGGACCUAGAGGAGUACCUGGUUAGAGACCGGAACGAAUCAAUGGGAUUGGGCACACCACUAGUCCGUUUUGCAGUCACAUCCAACAAAGCAACAGGUAAAGUCCAUUUUGUUUUGACGAUACACCAUGCCUUGUACGAUGGUUGGUCGAUGCCAUUGGUCGUCCGGCGCGUUAAUAGGGCGUAUAACAACCUGGAAUCAGAAAUUCCAAUCGCUUUCAAUUCUUUUAUUAAAUACCUCGGCAACCUCAACUACAAGGAAUCCGAGACCUAUUGGAAGGAACAACUACAAGGCGCCAAUCACUUGCAGUUUCCAGCUCUCCCGCAUGUUGGAUACCAAACCCAGGCUCAGUCACUUCUGGAAGAGUAUGUCCCGCUAGGCAAGACUCUGGCAUCAAGUACAAGCAUCGCGACCGCCAUUAGAGCAGCUUGGGCUAUAGUUGCAGGGAAAUAUACCGCAUCCAACGAUGUCGUGUUUGGAGAAACCCUUACUGGGAGAAAUGCACCGGUUGUGGGUAUUGAAAAGAUCGAAGGCCCCAUGAUCACCACCGUGCCCGUCCGUGUACGGUGGGACCGGAAUGCGGGUGUUGAUGAGUAUCUGCGAAGCGUUCACGACGACAGUAUACUUCGUAUUCCCCAUGAGCACAUGGGUCUACAGCAUAUCCGACGCCUGACCCCUGACGCGCGCGAAGCUUGUGAGUUGAGAACAGGUAUUGUCAUCCACCCAACCACAACAGAGGAUGACACGAGCGUAACUGGAGAGGGGCCAGCUAAUGGCUUUGUCCCAGCUGGAGACGAAGAGGCUGCUCGUGAAGCGUUAAAAUUCAAUACAUAUGCUCUCAUGUUGGUUUGCUCGUUAGAUCCCAAGGGCUUCCUGGUCAUGGCCAGUUUUGAUUCGGCAACAAUUGACGUCUGCCAGAUGGACAAGGUUCUGAAGCAAUUUGGACAGACUGUGCAACGACUUUGUGAAAACCCGAAUGCGCUUGUCGGCGAUCUGUUGCCAAUGACAGAAGACGAUCUAGCAGGGAUAUGGCGUUUCAGCAAUAUCAAAAAGCCGAAUAGUUUAAGUGAGGCAAUCUUGGGUUACGACUAUUCAAAGGCAACUGCAACUUGGAUAGUUGACCCUCAAGACCCGGAACAGUUACUUCCACUUGGGGGAAUAGGAGAGCUUAUAAUUGAGGGUCAAUUCACAUCAUCCACUUCGUCCUAUAUCGACGGUACCAAAUGGCUUGCUGCCGGUCAUCGGGAUAUUCCAGGAAGGCGAGCGAUGCUCUACAAAACAGGCCAGUUAGCCAAGUAUAACGGAGAUGGCUCGUUAGUCUUUAGAGGGAAAAAGGGCGACAAUAUCAAGCCUAACAAGGAAGCUAAGAAACCUGAAGCCAAAAAUCAGUCGCAGAUAUCAACCCCAAAACAACGGAAAUUGCAAAAGCUCUGGAGCCGUGUCCUUGGGAUUAGCGAGGACGAGGUUGGUCCGGACGACAGUUUCUUCGACCUUGGCGGGGACUCUAUUAGCGCUAUGAAAUUGGUUUCUGAGGGGAGAAUGGAAAAUCUCGAACUGAGUGUGAUGCAAAUCUUCCAGAAUCGUAGUUUUCGCGAUAUGGCGGAUAUUGCGAAGGAGUCGCAACAGCUUCAGAAACCUACCAAACAAUAUAUCCCAUAUUCAACGCUUGAUGUCUCAGAUAUUGAUACUUUCGUUUCUGAGUGCAUUCUCCCAUCACUUGCAAACUCAAGCUGGGAAGUAGUAGAUGUCCUGCCUGCCCGCCCUCUCCAGGAAAUCGCCGUAGAUGGGACCAUCAACCUUCCUCGAUAUUCUGCACGGUACGAACUAUUUUACCUGGAUUCAGCAGUCAACCGUUCGCGUCUGUUCGAAAGUUGUCGGGAGAUCAUAUCCCGCAACGAAAUUCUACGGACAAUUUUCGUCAAGUCCGGAGGUUCUUGCUUCGGCGUCGUAAUAAAGGAGCUACAGCUACCCCUAGUUGAAUACGAAAUAGACGGCGACUUAGUUGCUUUCUCCGAGCAGCUUUGCAAUCUUGAUGUGCAGACAGUGAUGCCCCUCGGAACGCCCUUCAUAAAAUUCUUCUUUGUUCAGUGUUCAACCGGGCAAAGUUGCCUAAUCAUGCGGAUUUCCCAUGCUCAGUAUGACGAAAUCUGCCUCCCAAUUUUACUCCGUCAGCUUUCCGCUUUGUACGAGGGCAAGCCGGUUCCUGAGGCCAUACCAUUCUCUUCCUUUGUCCACCACGUCGUCCGAGAGAACAUCCCGCAAAGCAUCGAAUACUGGCGAAACCUACUCCGAGGCUCCUCCAUGUCAACUCUGCGCCCGUCAACGCCUUUGGAGAGUAAAAAGUCGAUCUUUAUAUCCAAACCUUUUGAUAUCUCAACCCGGUCCAAAGAAAUCACGCUUGCCACUAUCCCUUCUGCAGCAUGGGCACUAUGUUUGGCUCGCCGUUUGUCCGUUCGUGACGUAACAUUCGGUGAAGUGGUCAGCGGCCGCAACAUCGAUCUCCCCAACUGUGACAUUGUGAUGGGACCAACUUGGCAGUAUGUUCCGUUACGUGUAAAGUUCGAGCCUGGCUGGACGGCAAUCGACCUUCUCAACUUCGUGCAACACCAGCACAUUUCAAGCGCGCAGUUCGAAGGAAUCGGCCUCAAGGAAAUCGUCCGGAACUGCACAGACUGGCCUGAGACGGUGGAUUGGUUUGACACUGUGGUGCACCAAGAUGUUGAGCAUGUCGAAAAUCUAGCGUUUUUAUCAGCCAAUAGCCGAAUGGAGACGAUAUAUCCACACCUCGAGCCGCUUCGUGAGUGGAAGGUACAGGCCUUCCCGAAAGGAGACAGCUUAUGUAUCGAGAUCGUCACGUUCGAGUCCUGGCGCGCGGAGGCCGACUCUAUCCUCAACGAAAUGGGUGACAUUAUCUCGCAACUAGUGACAAAACCGGAUUCGGCCCUAUUCUAGACAGAAAAGAAGGAAGAAAGUCUUCCGCCGCGACCCUAUGGAACUUUCUAUCAUGCCUUAGGAAAUGGCUAAGAUAGACACAGAGACGCUGCUGCACAGUCGCUUGGGGUUAGUCCAUAGCCGUUUCCAUUGGAUAUUUGAAAUCUAGGUAUGGCAUAGGUGGUCAGCACGCGUGUAUCUCCUCUUUCUAUUUCCUCUAUUUAUCAUGUUUCUAUUUCUAAGGGGUAUUUUGUUCGAAUAAAGAAAAGGAAAUACGAGUUUCGGGAUUUGAUUAUGUUAUGUUUUAAAAAUUUACUCACAAUUGUUUCCGUUUCACGCUUGUUAAAAGUCUAUGAUAUAUUUCGAGUAGCAGACCAUUGAAUAUCACUCCAUUCUAUUACAUUUUCCCUGUAAAGAAAGUCCUGUGAGCUGAUAAUAACCGACCUCCAGAUGCCUGAGCUUCCAAUUAACGUAGUAGAAAUAGAAUUCUGGGACCAAAUGCAAACGGUUUAGAAACCCAAACUCGAUCCAUGCCUCUACUCAAUAAAUUAAGCCAUCUCUAAGUUCCAAGCGUGCAAAACGCAAUUAAACGCAAAAAAAGACGAAGAAGGGAAAAACAGACAAGAAACAGGAUUGGGAGUAUUGAGAAAUAAUACACAUCAAUAGUCUACUUAACUUCUAACGACGAACGAGGCCUUGAGUCGAAUUGGUAUACAUUUCCAGCUCUUCCUGGGGGUCAUACAGUUUUCUUUUAUCCCUCACGAACAACCCUUUGAAAUCAAGCGGGUCCAGUAUCUUCUGCAACAGGGGACGCGAAUCGUUGAAAGCGCCCUCGAUUGCUUCGUUUGCUCUCUCCUGCCCAUCACGACCCACAUACACCCGCGAGUCGAUUGGGAGAAUAUGGCCAGGGUGGAAGAUAUUGAACAUUGCGGUGUUAAGUAGCAUCACAAGCGCCUCACAGAUGAGGAAGGGAUGCUCCGCUGUUCGAAAUGAGUGGCCCUCCGGGACAAAUGUUUCUAGAAGCAGAAGAGGUCAGCCCAGAAUGACGGCAGCAUGAGAGUAAAAGCAACAGUACAAACUGGAAAAAAAUAUAUAUAUAUAUACCUGCGAUAUGGUACGCAGAUCGUAUAAUAAUGAAAACCGACGAGGUGUAAAGAGAGUACACCACCGUCAUGAACCUUCUCCCCGUACCACCAUCCGAGGUAACGGACCACUUUGCACGCACUUCACGGACUCGGACAUGAAAUAAUGUCAAAACAGCCACAAACAAUGCGAACAAGGUCACCUGGAUAAUCAUAGCAACUCGAACCAAGUUUAACCCAACUUUAAAACGAGCGGCCGUGUCGGUAUCAGCACCCGCAAGUAGACCGGCACCAGCCCAGACGCAUACUUCCGCCAGGACGUCAAAUACGAUAAACGUGCGGACGACCCUAAUCGGAGACAUUGGAGCGGCGGAUGGGACAAAGCUAAAUAGCCGUCCGCAGAUGAAAUAAUCUGCGCCAGCAUACGUCGGCCCAGCGCCAAGAAUGAACAUAGUGGAGAUUGUGUAGAGGGAUUUCACAUUCCCCUUAUCAGAAGCGAGAAGCGAGCGCUGGAGAAAGCCGAUUGCUGAAAAUAUGGCGCCUAACGUCAAUGGAAUUGUGAAUUUCUGUGGUUUCGAUGUCCUGGAAGGAGGUCAGGAUGAGAAAGCCCGAGUAUGUAUUUUUUUUGAUCGUUGGUAGAAGGAUGGUCUCACCUAUACUGCAAUUCAUGCAAUGCUGCAGAAAAUGCAUAGGCCGCGGUAAAGAAAAUAGCCACACCUUUGUUUGGAGAGUAGUGGUAUAAAUCUGCGUGAGCGGGCGUUAGGAGAGAAGUAAGACCCUGCGUUGGGGUGAGUAAGUAUUUACCUUCUGCUGUAAGCUCUGAUGACAUGGUUGCUCUAAAUGAUAUUGAUAUGAGAAAAUAACUCCCGCUAGGGGUCGUAAA